CGUCAUGGUCGUUGUUUCGAAUGUCGCGAGUUAGCGCUGGGUAGGAGGCCGCGCACUCUGCUGGGGACAAAACUUGUACAAAUUUGAAGCCCGAGGUCGUCGACAGCCGCCGGUAACUUGAAUUUAAGGAAUUUCCUCUCCCAUCCCCCCUUGCCCCCUCUGUCAGAGCAUGGCUCAGGAGACCAAUCAGACGCAGGUGCCAAUGCUUUGCACUAUGGGAUGUGGUUUCUAUGGUAACCCCCGAAACAACGGCAUGUGUUCGGUCUGCUACAAGGAAAACCUGCAGAGACAACAGGGAGGGGGGAGGUCCAGCCCCCCGGGAGAGAAAGCUGCUACAUCACCGGCAGGAUCACCAGGGUCAGCCGGUGUGACUGUGGAGAGCACAACCUCAGAGCCCAGUACAGAGGUGGCAGGAACCCCACCUGAGGAACAAACAACCAGUCCCAGCUCUCCCAGCCCAGUAACUCAACAGAUGACCGCCAUGAGCAUCUCCCAGGAUUCGGCAGCUGUAGACUCUGAUCGAGCGGAGGCUGACGACGCCGAGGAGGAGGGAUCUUCCAACAGCUCAGAACCAGUCGGGGAAGCAGCACAAGCUUUGUCUGAUAGUGACCAAACUCCAGAUAAAAACAAGAAAAAGAACCGCUGCUUUGCUUGCCGGAAGAAAGUGGGCCUCACUGGUUUUGACUGUCGCUGCGGGAACCUGUUCUGUGCCAUCCACCGCUACUCGGACAAACACGACUGUCCCUACGAUUACCGGAGUGCAGCGGCCGCCCGCAUACGCAAGGAGAACCCCAUCGUGGUGGCUGAGAAAAUUCAGAAGUUAUGAGGACUGAGUGCAUAAAAAAAAAAGUCUCUGACUUUUUUAAUUGAACAAUGGCGACUUGGAUGAAAACACCUGAUAUCAUGACUUCAUUUGUUCAUGGUAGACUAAGGGGGGCGGGUUGGGGGUACAGCCACUGUCCAGAUGCUUCCCUUACUAGCAUCUCCCUCUCUCUCCACUAGUGACUGCGGCUGAACCUGUGUGUUUGUAUGAAAGUGUGUGUGCACAUUUGCUUGAGAGUCAGGGAGAGAGCCAUAGGGGCCUGGUGGACUUAAGUGUUGCUGCGGGGAGGGGAGGCUUUUUUGAUUUUUACCCCCUUUUUUUGUUUCUCAACUUUGGGGAUCGUGUGGGUUUAUUUUUAUACAAUCCCUGAAGGCAGUUGAAAUGAGACGGGGGGGGGGGGGGGGGGGGGGGGGGUAAGCUGUUAAGGAAUGUGUCCCAGCCUGGAUAAUGACACCCGGGUCAAUUAAGAAGCUUUUUUUUAAAAAACCCAACUGGGAGAUUUCAUUUAUCAGCAAGACCUUUUAAGGGCUUUGGAAUCUAAUUUUUUUUUUUCUCCCAGACUGAAAAUGAUGUCAACUUCAUGUCAAAUUGGCAGAUUUCUUUCCCUCCCAUCUCCUCUUACCUUUCUCACCGAACAUACGUUGAACUCCCAAGUCUCUGCAUUUUCCAGAAGUGUUUUCUCUUUGAUAUAUUUACUUAUCAUACUGAUAUUGGGUGCAUGAACAGUUAUUGGAGGGGCAAGGGUAGGGGAGAACCUUGACUUACCUGAGUGAUUGAAUUCUGUGUUUUAUUUCUCCUUUUUUUUCUGUUUUAAUGAGCGUAUGACAUCAGAAGAUCUAUAUUAAUAUAUUGUAGUUAGCUUGAAUUGUGUGAUUGCAUUCUAUUUAUUUUUUAUCGUUUGGUUGGUCUGUGCUGGAGGAUUGGCCGCAUGUGUCAGCAAAUCAUUAAGAUUUGCACUUAACCUUUUCAAUUAUAUUUAAGUAAUUUCCAUCUUGAUUAUAUAACCAUUGAAUUUUUAAAAAAAACCUAAGCUCUGGCAUAAUGGAGUAGAGUCCAGUUAAGCCAUUACAGUUAACAGUUGUGCAGUAAAACAUCCGUAGAUUUUGGAUUUGGAAACAAAGCACAACAAAGGGUGUCAACUGUAGAACACACCUCAGUUUCAUUCAGCAUCUGGGUCAUUUGCAGUUUAAAGUUGAUCUGUGUAGCACAGGGGUGUCCAAACUUUUUUCACCGAGGGCCAUAUACAGAAAAAUAUACGAAAAGCUGGGCCACUUAUAGAGGUGAAUAUCGCCUCAUAAGUGAAGUUAUAAGUUAGUAAAACAAAUCAAGUGUAGGUGAAUAAUGCGCAAUACUUGAAAAUGCUUUAAGAAAAAAACAGCCUACAUCCCGUCUCUCUUUAGGGUUUCAUUUAUUUGGUGGGCAGCUCAUUCCUUAAAACAGAAACCUCAGAUUGCUUGCUUGAGUAAAUAUGAAGGUUAAAUUUCAAGCUUGAAUAUAAGACAAGCAAAAGUUUAGUUUGUGGGCCUUAUUGCAUUAUACUUUUAUAAUUUGCAGAGGGCCGAUUCAAAAUGGCCUGCGUGCCGCAUUUGGCCCCGGGGCCGUAGUUUGGACACCCCUGGUGUAGCAGGUCAUCUAAAGAAAUUGCCUGAUUGAUGAGACGUUCUGUAAGGCAGUGUGUUCUCCUUUAAAAGCGCUUUCUGUUCUGUGGAGUCAGAAUAAAGCUCCAUGUUUCUCUAACCACCAGCAGACCACUGACACAUGCUGGAUGAAAACUGACCCGGGUCGCGGUGACUCUGCACGUUGACACACCUUCCGCUCAGCUCAAUGUCACGAUGCUACAGAGAUGCGUGCUGUGCUUUCUCAAUGUGCUCAGAUCCAGACGUGUCUCUACUGCGAAGACCGCUUCUAGCUAGCUUCUACUAGGAAGAUCCGACUUACCUGCAUGUGUGCAGUCAGACGUAGGAUUUGCUGCGCUGUUUGAAACGAAGCGGGAAUGUCUAAGAAGCCACACGGCAGUAGCACAAUGCAUGGCUGGAACCCUAAGGUUCAAGUUAACAGGGCUCUACGGUUUUUCUUUUCAAAUGUAAAUAACAUACAGCUCCUAUUCAUAUAGUAUAAUCUUAAUGUAGAUUUUUGCCAGGUAAUAAAGGUGGGGGACUAUGGUGAUGAAUAGUACCAUGUGUAUAAAAGUGCUUUUCAGUAUCCAAAAAAUGAAAUGUGCCACAAAUGGCACUCAUCUCCUUCCCCUCCAUCUUGUUCCCUUUUUUAUUUAGUAGUUAUUAAUCUGCCCAUGUUAUGUCCAAAGUAUAUUCAUUACCUUGAGUUUCUCCCACAGGCAAUGAAGCCUCUUUUCUACGAUACUAGUCAGAUUUUUAACAAGCCCCUUAAGCUUUAUUAACCUUGCUGAAUAACACAGUCUCCCAGUCCAUGCUUUUAUCCCGUUGCUGAAGUCGAUUCAUAGCGUAGCGAUAAUACUGAAAGCUAGGAAGAUCCCUUGUGAGAUGCAGAGGGGGCAAUUGAGGUUUAUCCCUUUCAUUAUCAAGAGCUUACCUUGUAAAUGUUGCUCAAUCUUGAUCAUUAAAUAUUUAUGAAAGAGCAGUAGAAGAGUUGCAAGGGAUUUCCAGACUAUGUAUUUUCAAAAUACACCAAUGCAGAAUGUAUUGGAUGUGAAUGACACUUAUCCUUGUUUACACAGAAUACCUUGUUGGACCUGGUUGAGUUUAGUUCUGGUUCUUUUUUAUUGGAAACUUGAUCAUAAUUUCCUGACUAAGUAUGACUGUGGGUGACAGACAUGUGUUAAUGGCUUUGUGAGUUUGUGUGCCAACCCUGAGGUUAAGUUGAUCAUCUAAAGCCCCCGACUGUGAUUUAAUUACCACUGGUGGAAACUUGAAAUUCAAAAGGAGUUUAUGGGGAUUCUGAGAUGAUGUUUAAGAGAAAAAGUGUCAUAUUCAGGGGGACUUGUGUUUGCAGCAGCUCUGCAGUUUGAUUUUCCCUGCUGUGUUUCUUUAUAUAUUCAGAAUAUUCAAGCUUGCCUGCCUGGUUUAAAACCAUUUCAAAUGUCACAGGACAAGACAGAUUCAAAGUCCUUUCCAGUCAUUUCCUUAUAAAUGAUUGUUCAGGUUUGUAAAUCAAGAGGAUUUCCUGGUUUGCACUUGUUUUCUAUUGACUGCUCAUAUCAACUCCCCCCUUUUUUCUUAAUAAACAUGGGCAGUUUGAAUGUAAACCACCGUCAUUCACAUAAUCAGCUGUAAUGUCAUUUACUAAACUACAUGGCCCUGAUAUUGACUUUGUUUUUGGGUGGAGACACAAUUUUCUUACCUGGGACUCAGGACAGUUUGAUCCCUCAUUGUUUUGACUGUUUGUGAUGAAGGCACCAGCAAUUACGGCAACCAUACUUCAAUAAUAUAUAGAUAUUAUCAGUACAUAAACAAUUUCUCCUCCUUCUGUUCUGUUGCUUCGAUAGAGUUUUGAUGUCUUCAGUCCCGUCUUUAGCACAACCGUUCAUAAUCAAUGUCUUCAUCGUGCGAGGGGUUUGAUUGAUAAUAAUGAUGAACCUGUCCGUUGUGAUGAAUCUGUUUUGAAUUCCGGUUUCACUGCAGAAAUCUUAAUAAGAUGAGCUUGAGGGACAUCAAACCAACUCUACAAUGUUCACAGAGCUGUAGUUCUUGUCCCUUGGCACUCCAGUCCCCCAGAAACACCACCAGAUAUCUUUUUAUUUUGUUUUUUCUUUUAAAGAUUUAGGAUUGUAUGAUGUGUAAGAGUAAGUAUAAAACAAUAAAUUCACAAAGUUUAUUUUAAA